AUGGUGAAUGUAUCAAUUCUGAUUCAAUACAAUGGAGAUUGGCAAGACAGUCGCAGAUAUGUUAAAUUUGAUGCUGAAGGGAUUUUUAUCAAUUUGUGCUGCAAUUUUGAAGAGUUGGUCACGACAAUAUCGAAGCAGAUCAAAGUAUUGGAAGAUGGUAUGCGAUAUGUGGUGGAUAUGAACGAAAGAACAUGCACAUGCCGUAGAUUUCAGAAGGAUGAAAUGCCGUGGCCACAUGCGUUGGCAGUUGUGACAAAGGAAGGAAUGAGUGCGUACGAGUAUUGCUCAGUAUACUUUAGUAUUGAUUACAUGGUAAAAAACUAUGAACAAAUGGUAUUUCCAAUGCCCGACGAGAGCAAUUGGGACAUUCCUAGAGAAAUAUCAGAAGAAGUCGUGCUACCACCAGUUGGUUAA